UCCCCCUUCCCCCUGUCUGCUGUUGUGUUUUGGAAAGGCGUUUUGUUGUAUUUGCUACGCGAAACCAAACGCCAGUUAGAAUGUUGCUUUGUGUUUCGAAAUUGUUAUGUAGUCGGCCUUGGAGGAGUAGACCAGCAUGUUGCGUAUUUGUUGAUUUCGCUUUCGUCAGGCAUUGACAACCAGUCGGAUACUUUUUGUAGCUACCCAUUAUACACUCCUCGCAGUGCUGGAACCUAAUAUGGCGCCGGGCUGGCCGGUGCUGCUCGCGCUGGCGGCCCUGCUUGGUGCGGGGGUGGUGGGGUCUACGUGUCCGCCGCCCUGCUCUUGUACAUCUGGCGAAAGCGGACUGCUAAUGAUGCUCGACUGCAGCAAGAAGAGGCUCAGCAGCGCUCCGCGGGACCCUCCGCCCUGGAUCAGUUACCUGAAUAUGAACUAUAACGACCUGACAGCAGUUCCUUUUGUGGGAGAAGUGACCUGGAAUAUCACAGUUUUGUCCCUGGCUCACAAUCGGAUUCCUGAGUUUGUUGCAGACCAACUUCAGCCGUAUGUGUCUUUGGAUUCUUUGGAUUUAAGUUCCAACUUCAUUUCAGAGGUUCAAGUGGACUCUUUUCCCCGAAUGCACUUGAAAUACCUAAAUUUGAGUAACAACAGGAUUGGACUUCUUGAACCUGGAUGCUUUGACAAUAUUUCUAGCUCCCUGGUGGUUUUGAAACUCAACAGAAAUCGAAUACACAUUCUCCCCCUGAAGACCUUUAAACUUCCACAGCUGCAGUUUCUGGAAUUGAAAAGAAAUCGCAUAAAAGUAGUAGAGAGUCUUACCUUUCAGGGUUCAGAGUCCCUGAAGUCAUUGAAGAUUCAACGCAAUGGAAUAGUUAAGCUUAUGGACGGAGCUUUUUUUGGUCUAAACAACAUGGAGGAACUGGAACUGGAGUUCAAUAAUCUGACAGAAGUAAGCAAGGGCUGGCUGUAUGGGCUACGUAUGCUACAAGUGCUUCGCGUGAGCCAUAAUGCAGUUAGCAGAAUUAGCCCAGAUGCAUGGGAUUUUUGCCACAGAUUAUUGGAACUUGACUUGUCCUCUAACCACUUAACUCGUUUGGAUGAAACUACUUUUGCUGGCCUUGGGACUCUUGAGAGCCUUCAUUUAGGGGACAAUGCUUUGAGUCACCUUGCAGACGGAGUUUUUAACAGCCUGUCUAACCUGCAGAUUUUGUCUUUAAAGAACAAUGAAAUCUCUUGGGCAAUCGAAGAUUCAGUCGGAGUGUUUCUUGGCUUAGAAAAGCUGCACACACUGGUGCUUCAAGGAAAUAGGUUAAAAUCCAUCACAAAGAGAGCAUUUGCUGGUUUGGACAAUCUUAAACAUCUGGACUUGACAAAAAAUGCCAUAAUGUCUAUUCACCCAGAUGCCUUUGCCCAGAUGAAUUUAAAAGAAAUCUUAAUGAACACAAGCAGCCUGUUGUGCGACUGUCAGCUAGCCUGGCUCCGCCAAUGGCUGGUUGAAAAUAACUUCCAGGAGUCUGUGGUGGCAGUCUGUGCACAUCCGGUUGGAUUGGCUGGGAGCAGUAUUCUUGACGUCAAGACAGAGGCUUUGAUUUGUGAUGACUUUCCAAAGCCUCUCAUAGUGGUUCACCCAGAGACUGCUGUAGCUUUGAAAGGUUCAAAUGUCACUCUAACAUGCCAGGCUCACAGUAGCAGUGAUUCAGCGAUGACUGCAGCUUGGAGGAAAGAUGGAGAGCUUCUUUAUGAUGCUGUUGUUCAGAAUUUUGCCAGCUAUAAAGAAAAGGAAGCUCGAUUUAUUGAAUACACUUCAGUAUUGCAUCUUUUAAAUAUAAACUUUACUGAUGAGGGACGAUACCAGUGUGUUGUGACAAAUCAUUUUGGUUCUAAUUACUCCCAAAAGGCAAAGCUAACAGUGAAUGAGCUACCUUCUUUCAUGAAGACUCCAAUGGAUCUCACCAUAAGGACUGGUGCCAUGGCCCGCCUGGAGUGUGCAGCUGAGGGUCAUCCAUCACCACAGAUUGCUUGGCAGAAAGAUGGAGGCACAGAUUUCCCAGCUGCACGAGAACGGCGGAUGCAUGUCAUGCCAGAGGAUGAUGUGUUUUUUAUUGCAAAUGUCAAAAUUGAAGACAUGGGAGUUUACAGCUGUACUGCCCAGAAUACGGCUGGCACAAUGUCUGCUAAUGCAACACUGACUGUCUUAGAAACUCCUUCCUUCAUCAGGCCUUUGGAGGACCGCACAGUUGCUAGGGGAGAAACAGCUGUUUUGCAGUGCAUUGCUGGGGGCAGCCCUCCACCCAGGCUAAACUGGACUAAAGAUGAUGAGCCCCUAGUGAUCACAGAGAGGCACUUCUUUGCUGCUGCCAAUCAACUUUUGAUAAUUGUUGAUACUAAUCCUGCAGAUGCCGGAAAAUACACAUGUCUCAUGUCAAACACUCUGGGAACUGAGAGGGGUCAUAUUUAUUUAAACAUUAUUUCUACUCCAAACUGCGACUUGGUACCAGGCAGCCCUGGCUAUGACACAGAUGGUUGGACUACAGUUGGAAUUGUGAUUAUUGUUGUUGUCUGCUGUGUAGUUGGGACCUCACUUAUCUGGGUAGUAGUUAUUUAUCACAUGAGGAAGAGGAAUGAAGAUUACAGCAUUGGUAACACAGAUGAAAUUAAUUUGCCAGCUGAUAUCCCAAGCUAUCUUUCAUCUCAGGGCACUCUUUCAGAGCCUCAGGAUGGAUACAACAACUCUGAGGCAGGGAGUCAUCAGCAGCUAAUGCCUCCAUCAUCAAAUGGACAUCCUCACAAAGCAGCAGAUGGUAAUUGCUACCUAGACUCGGGAUGUGACGCUGAUGCAGAUAUCAACUCCUUUCUAGCACCUCGAAUUAGUUCAUUGUUUACAGGAAGAGAUGGCUUUCAUUUGCGAGAUCAGCGUGAUGGCAUAGCACACACAACUACAGGUUCUGGAACACUAGUGAUUUGCUCUGACUGCUAUGACAAUGCAAACAUCUACACUCGGACACGGGAGUGCUGCCCUUAUGCCUAUCUGACCGAAGAAGACCCAUUAGACAAGUCCUUAUCUAGCAAUGUACUGCAGCUACCUAAAGAACCUCUUGGCCUUCCCCAGCGAGGCAGCAUGUUGUCAGAGAAGCUUGUUGCUGAGAAGGACAUGACCGCAUUUCUUUCUAGAGCUACCAAGCCAGAAAUUUCUUCACAGACCCACAGUAAUGAAACUGCACCUGUGCACUUUUGGCUCUUAAAUCAAGAUGCUGAACUAACUUCAACGUCUGACAUUUCACAACACGUGGUGCCGGGACAUUCCAGUAGUCACAUGCGGCCUGACAAAGGAGGAGCUACAGGAGUAGUACAUAAAUUUUCAGACUCCUAUGGGACAUCAGUGUCACGGACACAGGAACAGACAAGUAGUUCUAGCAGGACAUCAGACUUGAGGGAACAUAAGACUGCCACUUAGAAAA